AUGACCGAGAAGAAUUCCCGGAGGCUUAAAUCGAUAAUUGUUGUAUCUUAUAAUUAUGAUAAAGAUGAGAGAAAGGAAGAAGACAUGGUAGAUGACCAGGAUGUCUAUCUAAGACACGAAGGCAGCAAAGAUUCUGGUAAUAGAGAGUUAGGAUAUAAUGAGGAAUCUGAUUCUGGUAGUGGACGUAAAACUGUUGGCUACGAUGAAUUUGGGGAGGAUAAUAAAUCUGAAACUAGCAAAGCUUUUCAUCAAGACAAUAGCUUGAAAGAUGAUGACCUGGAAGCCAUUCUAAAGAAGAGAGCAUUGGAGAAUCUAAAAAGGUUUCGCGGAGAGACUCAAACGACUGGAAUAGCAAGAAAAGAGGUGUCUUCUGUUUCAGAAGGAGAACUUCGACAAAUUGAAUCCGAAAAAACUGAGGAGUCACAAGACCAUGGACUCAUGGAGCAGACAAAGCUCUGUGUUUCUACAGAUAGCCGAGAUUUUGAGGAUUCACAAAAGAUUUUACAUGAGGUUGAUAAUGUCAGUGAAUCCGGAACAGUAUGUCCUGAUACUGCCUCUCAACAGUCUGGUGACACGGUCAAGGUUAAAGUUAGUUCUGGUAUUAGCUCUUGUUCAAGUAAACGAAAGUUGAUUAGACCGGUAUUGGGACAACAAGAAAGUUCUUUAAAUCCGGCUAGUGGGAAAGAAGCCGCUGGUUGCGAAGAUGCUGAAGCAGAGAGCAUCAAUGGUAGUACCAUUGACAAGAACUGUCCAGAAAGUUCUCUAGUUCUGGCAACAAAGAAUGGUGGUGAAAACAUAGAACCAACAAAAGUUAGCUCUACUCUUAACGCGCAGUCUUCUUCUCAUGCUGCUAACGCUGAGGCAUUAGAUGAAACCAGAGGAGAGUCCCAGUCUGAGCAGAAGACAAUUGGUGAAGCAAAAGAUGAGUCACAAUACGAACAGAAAACGAUGACUGUGAUGCGGGGUGGAGAAAUGGUUCAGGUUAGUUACAAGGUGUACAUUCCUAAGAAGACCUCUUCUUUGGGAAGAAGACAACUCAAGAGGUGA